CCAGGGAAGGCUUCCAUUUCAGCAAUGGAGCCGACAACAACAAUAAUGCCCAUGGCCAUGGUGUCGGUGCUCAUCACCUUCAUCCUCCUCGUGCUCAGUUUCAUUUUCCAGCGGCACCGCCGUCAGAAGCCACUGAACCUCCCGCCAGGCCCGCGGGGGUGGCCGGUGCUCGGUAGCCUGGGCUUACUGGCUGGCUCCCUCCCGCCGCACCGCGCACUGGCCGCCCUUGCUGCACGCCAUGGCCCGCUCAUGCACCUCCGGCUGGGCUCCUUCCACCUCGUGGUCGCCUCCUCCGCGGAGACGGCGCGUCUCAUCCUCAAGACCCACGACCUCGCCUUGGCCGACCGCCCGCCCUCGACCUGGGGCGCGAUCGUGUCCUACGGCUACAAGGUCAUCGUGCAGACUCCCUACGGCGCCUACUGGCGCAUGGCGCGCAAGCUCUGCGCCACCGAGCUCUUCUCCCCGCGGCGCAUCGACUCGUUCGAGCGCGUGCGCAUGGAGGAGAUGCGCGCCCUGACGCGCCGCGUGUUCGAGUCCGCCGGCGCCGCCGUGCAGGUGAAGGAGCACCUGAUAAACUUCACGAUGCGGAACAUCCUCCGCAUGGUGCUGGGGGAGAAAUGGUCAGGCUCCCAUGGCGGCAGCACCGAAGGCGAGGAGCUCUGGCGAUUGCUCGAGGAGGGGUUCGCGCUGAGCGGCGCGGUGACCAAUGUAGGCGAGUGGGUGCCGUGGCUCGGCUGGCUCGACGUGCAGGGUUUAGUCCGGCGGAUGAAGCGGGUGCACGUGCAGUUGGACCGGUUCAACGAGCAGGUGCUACGUGAGCACGAGGAGCACCGGCGGCGCGCCGGAGACGGCGAGUUCGCGGCGAGGGACCUGGUGGACGUGCUGCUGCAACAACUAGCCGAGGACGGGCAGGAGGAGCCCGCAGAGACGAGGCUCACACGCGAUGGGGUCAAGGCCAUCGUCCAAGACAUCUUCGCCGGCGGCACGGAGACCUCGGCGUUGACGAUGGAGUGGGCCAUGGUGGAGCUCCUCCGCCGCCCGGACGCCAUAGCGGCGGCCGCCGAGGAGAUCGACCGCGUGGUGGGACGCGGCCGCUGGGUCGCUGAGAGCGACCUGCCGAACCUCCCCUACGUCGACGCCAUCCUAAAGGAGACAAUGAGGCUGCACCCCGUGGGUCCCCUCAUGAUCCCGCACGGCGGCCGUGAGGACGCGGUGGUCGGCGGCUACGACAUCCCCGCCGGCACACGGGUAGUGAUCAACGCGUGGGCCGUGGGGCGUGACCCGGCGUCAUGGCCCGACGAGCCCGACGAGUUCCGGCCGGAGCGGUUCCUCGCCGGGGGCGGCGCCGAGGGCGUGGACGUGCGCGGGGCGCACUUCCAGCUCGUGCCGUUCGGGUCUGGGCGGCGGAUGUGCCCGGCGUACAACCUGGCGAUGAAGGAGAUGGCGGCGACGGUGGCGAACCUGGUGCACGGGUUCUCGUGGCGGCUGCCCGACGGUAUGGCACCCGAGGACGUGAGCAUAGAGGAAUCCUUCGGGCUGUCCAUGAGCCCGAAGGAGCCGCUCAUCGCCGUCGCCGAGCCAAGGCUGCCGGCGCACCUCUACACUGCAGUGGAGUAGCGACAAAGGACGGCUUUGCGAUGAAGAAAAUUUACAACGUAUCGGUCCAGGAAUGAGCCUCUGUCUGGUUGCUUCAGGCCAAAUCAUCGUCUUCAACUGGGCUGUUGCUUCCUCUCACAAGUUUGCUAAAGCUUUCACAUCAAAAUGAUUGAGAUCCUAUCCGUGCUAGCUUUUGCCUUCCAGACUAAUCUCUGAUGUAUCUUGCGUGCAAUACUUGCUUGAUUGUGACAUGGAUCUUUGUAUUUUUUUUUUCAUGAACUACGUACUAGUCUGGGCUUCAUAACCUUGCAGCAGACUGAUGCGAUCCUGCAAUGCGAUAGUCUAGUUUUUUUUUUCCCAAAUUGCAUUAUUUGGAUGCAACAGAAAACAGAGAUGGUGAGAGUCAGACAGUGAGUGGUGUGACCGGUUGCAAGCUUAAUGAAUCAGUGAAUGUUCUACAGAUA